GAGAGAGAGAGGGAGGGAGGAAAAGAGAGAGAGAGAGAGAGAGAGAGAAAAAUCGUUCUCGCGUUUUCACCGUGAAGAGAACACCGGCAAGAAGAUGCGCGUUGCAUCGGUCGAAUCGUCGUCCAUUGGGUGGAGAGGCUAAUGCACGUCACGUGACGACGCCUUUGUAGGGUAUCAUCGGGGCUUUCGAUAUCGUGAGACGAGGCCGAAGUUCACGAAAUGGAGCGGCAAGAUGAUAAUGACUCGACGCAGCCAAAUCACGCGGCAGACCGUAAGGUCGCGAAGGAUGACGGUGCUUUCGAUCUGGACGAUCUCUGGUCGGUCGUCGGCGAAUUCGGUCGUUACCAGAAGCAGCUGCUCUGGCUGGUUUGUCUGCCGGCGUGCCUGCCUUGCGGCUUUUGCGCCUUCAAUCAGCUGUUCAUGGCAGACACCCCGCCGCACUGGUGCAAAGUGCCGGGCCUGGAAGACUUGGACGCCGCUCGCAGAAGGCGGCUCGCCAUUCCUGCGAUUCAGGUGCGCCGGUCGUCGACGGCGACCAGGAGCUUUCGUAGAUACGGCACCGCUCGUACGACCUUGAGAUGCACCUACCGGUUAUACGUUGCCUCGCCGCUUCCUCAUUUGCGGCCUCGACACGCCGUAUCAACGUACCUGCUCUGUCACACUGUAUUAGCGCUAAAUGAUGACAACGAGACGUACAGCCAGUGCACGCGAUAUGAUGUCGACUGGACGACGGAGAACCACUCCGUCGUAACGACGUACCCGUCCGCGCCCAACGCGUCGUGGUCCAUCGUGCCCUGCGACCAUGGCUGGGAGUACGAGACCUCCGAGGUCAUAUCGUCCAUCGUCAUCGACUUUGAUCUUGUGUGCGGUCGGGCGAUUUAUCCGACGAUCGGUUUGGUGGCUCUUAAUACAGGAGGCCCCAUAGGAGUGUAUUUGUUCGGUACACUAAAUGACAGAAUUGGGAGAAGAUUGUCCUUUUUUACGUGUUUGGCGACCUUAAUAACUGGAGGAUUUUUAACAUCGAUAUCAAAUAACUUUUGGACUUGGGCUGCUACACGUGUUAUCGUCGGCUUAACGAUACCGGCUAUUUAUCAAAUACCAUUCAUUAUCUCUUUGGAACUAGUCGGACCAAAUUAUCGUUCAUUCGUAACGGUCAUGACUUGUACUUUCUACACAAUGGGUCUUUGCAUGUUAGCAGGCGUUACUUAUCUGAUUCGCGAUUGGCGAUCACUCGCCGUAACUACGAGUGCACCUUUCCUGAUUUAUUUUCUCUACUGGUGGUUCUUGCCGGAAUCACCGCGAUGGUUGCUGGCGAAGGGUCGCCUCGGCGAGGCUAACGAUAUUCUUGAAACUUUGGCGCGAGUGAAUGGUAAAGAACUUCCGUUGUCAUUCACGCAGAAGCUCCGUCAGCGCAUGACGAUGUCGAGAUCAAAGAGCGAGGAAGAGAGAUUACGAGCUGGUCCCGGUGUUCUCUCGCUAUUUAGAACGCCGAACAUGCGCCUUAAAACGUGCCUUAUUACUUUAAACUGGUUCGCCAACAACAUGGUGUAUGUCGGCCUUUCCUAUUACGGGCCGGCUCUGGGGAACGAGGAACAUCUGAGCUUCCUGUUCUCUUCCCUCGCCGAGAUCCCCAGUUACAUGGCGUGUUGGGUUGUAAUGGAUCGAUGGGGCCGCCGGUGGCCGCUUUGCUUGUGCAUGGUGGUGGCUGGAGUGUCGUGCAUCGCUACGGUGUUGCUUUCGUCCGAUGCCGUGCUGGAGACUCUGAUACUGUUCCUCGUGUCCAAGUCGGCGAUAUCGGCGUCUUUUCUAAUUAUUUAUCCCUUCGCCGGGGAACUUUACCCCACUCAGUUGCGCGGGAUUGCCAUUGGCUUCUCUGCGUACAUCAGCGGCCUCGGACUCAUCAUCAUACCCUUCGUGACGUAUCUCGGAAAAGAUAAUCUUGUCUUGCCUCUGGUCAUCUUAGGCAUGGUCUCAGUAAUUGGGGGCUUGUCUGGCCUGCGGUUACCGGAAACAUUGCACCACCGUCUGCCGCAGACAGUGGAGGAAGGAGAAUUGUUCGGCAAGGAUUGGACGUGCGCCGAUUGCAUUCGUUGCAUUCCCACAAAACCUUCGUCGAUUGCGUCGUACGAGGAUCUAUCGGCACGAGAAACCGUUGAGAUGCACGAAGUGCCUGAAAUGCCGCUUGCUUCGUCUAUUUUAGAGGAACAACAACGGCCGAGCACGGCGAGCGUUCGCCGUUUGAUUCGUCAGUCCAGCGUGAUGGAUACGCAACGCGAUUCCGACGGAACCAUGAAGAUGACAUAUUGGUUUUAACGUGAAUCGCUUCAUAUUUCAAGCAAAAUAAGGUCCAAUGUAUCUUCUUUUUCGUUUUUAACUUGGAUAGUUUGUAUAUCUGUUAAGUAUAUGUCGAUUGAUUCCAUUCCACUUCUUUACGUGGAAAAAAAUCCGGAAAACGGUCGAGGUGAGGAAAUUCUAUUUCGCUGUUUCAAGUUUGUAUUUAACGAUGUAUUUAUAUACAUGUACAUAAGUAUAAAAAAAUAAUUCUAUUAAAUAAAUUCUAUUUUAAUAAAAAAGAAAACAAAUGUCUGAUGAGGAGAUAUAUCAGCUUACUUGUGUCAUGAUAUCUGUACCGCAUUGAUCAAUAAACCUUCGUUAUCCUCGAUAACGAGCACGUUAACAGAAU